AAAAAAAUGAACAAACAUAAUACAGCUUCGAGAAGUGUUGAUGAGGAUGAAUUGCCACCUCUGAUAGAUACCGAUAAUGAAGAGGAGGAAGAAGACUUACCACCUCUAAUGGAUACGGACGAGGAAGAAGAAUCAGACCAACCUCCUUUGGUUGGCACUGAUAAUGAAGAUGAAUUGCCACCUCUGAUGGAUACCGAUAAUGAGGAAGAGGAUGAAUUACCUCCACUUAUGGAUACUGAUGAUAAAGAGGAAGUUAGUAACAACAAGGCUUCAAGCUCUGAUAAUAUUACUACCAGAAAUAGUGAAUCAAAAGCAACAGAUUCUGGUGAUCAUUCCGAUGGUGAAGAUUUGCCACCUCUAAUGGAUACUGAUGACGAGGAAGAGGAUGAAUUACCUCCACUAAUGGAAACUGAUGAUGAAGAGGAGAAGGCUGAAGAAGAUGUUUUGCCUCCAUUGGUGGAUACUGAGGAUGAAGAAGAGAAAUUAGACAAGGAUAGUGCAGAGGAUGAAUUACCACCUUUAGUUGAUAUCGAUGAUGAAGAGGAGAAACAAGAUGAUCAAAAACUCAAAAACCAGCCAGAAGUAAUUACCAAUCCAAGUCUAAAAACACAAUCGGAAGAGGAUGAAUUACCACCUCUAGUAGAUACAACUGAUGAUGAAGAGAAUGAAGAUGAUUGGGAGGAUGUAGAUGAAAAUGACGAAAAUAGUGACGACGACUCUCUACCUCCACCACUAAUGGAUACUGAUAAUGAAGAGGACGAUAGUGAGGAUGAAUUACCUCCUCUAGUAGAAACAAGUGAUGAAGGCAUGCCUGGUUUAGUGGAUGAUGAAGAUGAGGAAGAUGAUGAUAGUGAUCUACCUGAUUUAAUUGAGGAUGAUUCAAAUAGUGAUGACGAUUCUGAUUCUUUUCACAGUGGAGAAGAUAGUGACGAUGAAGACUUUUUCCAAGCUACUCAAAUGAGAAGAAUGCAGAACCAGAAGGACCCAACUAGCAGCACCAUUCCUGAAACAGUUAAACGAAGAGCUCCAAGAAAUACUGAAAAGAAUAAGAAAGAAUGGGAAGAAUAUAAGGCCAAAUUAGAAGAAUCUAAAAAGAGAAAAGAAAAUAAGAAACAGAGAGAGGAACAGAAAAGACAACAACUUUUGCAAGAGCAACAACCUACAUCAACACCAAAAGUUGAAGUACCAUCCAACACCUCUAAUGAGCCUCAAAUUGAAAUUAUUGAAUUGGGUACUUGUUUAUUCUGUAACCAAUCUGGUGGUAGAACAAUUACAAACAAAGAUGAUUUUUAUAUUUGUACUUGUUCUAAUAAGUGCAAGCUCAAUUUCCACAAGGAAUGUUGGCUAAAGUAUUACAGAGCUAACAGAAAUAAUGAUAGAAGUAUUACUUGUCCAACAGAAGCAUGUGGAGGUUAUGGUGAACAGCUGGCCUAUUAUGAAAAACUUUCAGAGACACCAAAAACUACAACCUUGAGUGCGCCUGUGGUCAAUAAUGCACCUACAACCAAAUCAAAGAAGAAAUCUGCCAAUAAGGAAAUUAAUAACACAAAGGAUCAAACUUCCAAUGAGAACAUUGUUCCUCAAAAGAAGACUAGAACCACAAAACAGAGUACUUUACCAGAUACUAGUUCAUCUUCUACAACAUCAGCUGAGACAAAACAAAACGAAGCAAUAUCAAAUACAACACAACAAGAACCAGAGGAAAUUAAGGUUGUCCUCAGCGUAGGUAAAUUUGCCAAAGCUGUGGAAAGAAAGAAGUUUAAUGAUAAAGCCUUGGAAGAAACUGAAAAAUUAAAGAAAGCUCAACUUUACAAACGUGUUGACUUUACUAUCAAAACUGGAUAUGACAUAGGUAUUGUGAUUGAAUUGGAAAAGCCAUUUGGAAAGAUUCUCACAUCUACUUCCUCUUUGAGAUGUAGAAUUGAAAACUUACAAUUGGGGGAUUUGAUUCAAUUCCAAACAAUUUCAGGAAAUGAAUACGCUCAGAAUAUUGAGCUUAUAGAAAGAUUACAAAACGUUCCACAAAACUUCCCAGAAUUAUUCGGUCAGCUAAAGGAAGAUUUGAAAAAGUUAAAAGAAUCUCAUGGUACUAACAUUACUUUCAAAGUUAGACAAUCAAAGAAGAAGAAAACAACUACCACCCAGCCAACUAAAUCUAAAGGAUCAUCAACAUCUGCAUCUGGAUCCAUACAAAGUACCAUCAAAGGAGAAUCAAAGAAUAUAUUACUACAACCAAGUCCUUAUGAGGCCGACACAGAUUCACCUCCACAAGAAAAGCCAAUAGCACGAAAAUUAUUCGAACUUGGUGAUUUACCAGAUGAACUAAUUUCUCAAUUUAACUAUUGUCUUGGAGAAAUUAUUGGCAAAAAGGAAACAUUUGGUAAGAUUAACGUUAUGGCACAUCCUUCAAAUAUGCCUGAAGUUGACAGAAUUCCACUCGUAUUUUUCCAUAUCAAGAAUUUCAAUAAGGCAUCUAUCCUUCCAAACAAUGGUGAUAAAGUAUUAUUCUUCCUUACCAGCCAACAACAAGGCAGUCCUAGUGCAACUGACAUUCAUGUAGUUUCCAAUGAUUUGUAUGAACAUUUACAAUUUAGACUUCAAGAAAAUGUGUAACCUAUUAGUUUGACAAAUUUAAGAGUACUAUUGAUCACCUCACAUGAAAAGACAUUAUGAUGUGCUACUUGAAGUAAGAUUUCUACUUUGAGCAAGUUGUGUGAUUCUCAGAAUGUUAUUAACAAGAUAUUGUAUGAUAAGAAGAAAAUCUAGUCAUUGAUUUCCUUUCCAACAACAUCAAGUCUUUAUGAUAUUUCAUAAUUUCCAAAUAAACUAAAUGCUUUGAUUU